AGUGAGAGAGAAAAAAAAUCUGAGUCUCAUAUAGUUAUAUGAUUGCACAGUAUUGAGCUUUAAGAAAGACACCAAAUACCACACUUCAAAAACUUGCUAUAAAAAUCACAGGAGUUUGCAACUUUGGAGACCUGGAAUGUGGAGACGCGAAUGUGUGAAGUGAUGUGGAACCCAAGUCUCCUGACCUCUGAUUAUAGGGACCUACCUGAUUAUCCAAAAUGAGACAUAAUCUAAUUUGUCAGACAACUCCCACUGUCACUGUUUAUAUAAAAUCGAGUGCAUCCAGAUCACAUCAACAAAAAAAACCUAUUUGUCUAAAACGUCCUCUUUUUAAAGACAGUCAAGAAAGCGGUGAAAACAAUGUGCAUGGUAAUAAAUGUAAACGUCCAAAAGGUCCAUGUCUAGUAAUUCAGCGUCAGGAGAUGACUGCUUUCUUUAAACUGUUUGAUGAUGAUCUAAUUCAAGACUUCUUAUGGAUGGAUUGCUGCUGUAAAAUUGCAGAUAAGUAUCUUUUGGCAAUGACCUUUGUUUAUUUCAAGAGGGCUAACUUCAAUAUAAAUGAGCACACCAGACUUAAUUUCUUUGUUGCUCUGUAUCUGGCUAAUACUGUUGAGGAAGAUGAUGAAGAGUCUAAGUACGAAAUUUUUCCAUGGGCUUUGGGAAAAACUUGGAGAAAGCUCUUUCCUGAUUUCUUAAAGUUAAGAGACCAACUCUGGAGUAGAAUUGACUACAGGGCUAUUGUAAGCAGACGUUGCUGCCAAGAGGUGAUGGCUAUUGCUCCAACACAUUAUAUAUGGCAGCGAGAACGUUCCAUGCAUCACAGUGGAGCUGUGAGAAAUUACAGCAGAGAUGAAGUACAAAUGCCACGAGGACCUAGUGCUACACCCAUAGAUUGUUCGCUUUGUGGUAAGAAAGGAAGAUUUGUAGGACUAGGAUUAUCAUCCUCAUCCUCUUCCUCUACUGGCACUUUAGAGAUGAUGGAGCUAUAUCCAUCUCAGGAAUUGAAGGACACUUUCCCAGUUGAAAAAAUGCUGAUUGAUCCUCCUACUUCCUCCUAUUUCCAAGACUGUAUAAGCCUAUCCACCAGGGGCAGAAAAGGUAGCUGCAUGAACCAAGACAAAUCCAUGGACUGGUUUACAGGAAAUGAAGAAUGA